CAACGAAGUAGAAUGCUUAGGUUUAGCAUCGUAACUGUCUUUGGUAUUUCAGCUACUUAAUAGUUGUAUUGUUUUUAAUGUGUGUGUAGCACCAGCAAGUUGUCGUUAUGAAACGAAAUCGGAUGUGAUACUUCUGACUCCUGAUUCCCUUCAAUUUGCGGCCACAGCAACAGACUGUAUGGAUCAAUGUGAUGCAGAAACAGCUUUCAACUGCUGGUCUUACAGCUACGUCGACAACCGAUGCCAGCUGAGCGGAGACAGCAGCGUCACCUGGGGAAAAAAUGUCCAACUGCCCAAGCAUCCGGGUGCAGUUUACGGAGAAUUGAAAUGCUUUUUCGAACAAUGUGAUAAUGGAGUGAUGACUUUUGAAAAGAUGACCGGUGUUCUUUUGAGGUCAGCUCAAGGCACGAUGAUGAAAGUGGAGAAGCCAGGAGCACUGGGCAAUACACUGGAGUGUGCUCAAAUAUGCCUGGAGGAUGGAACAGAGUGUCCGGCAUUCAGUGACCACUAUCACAACAUGAGAUGUGACAGACUGGACAGGAAUUCAAAUGGUCGAACUCAGGAAUUGAUUGCGAGAGACGGUGAAAGCUACUUUGAAAAAAUAUGCCUCCAAGGUCCUGAAGCUCAAACGUGUUCUGACAAAUCGUGGGCCUUUGAGCGUGCCUUGGGUUAUGAGAUGUCUGAGAGCCUGUACCAGAAAUCGAUCAACAAAGUGGAGACGAGAACAUCCUGCAUUCAGUUGUGUCUCUCUGAGAGGGAGUUCACCUGCAGGUCAGCGAGAUACGACGAAGAGAGCGGAGAUUGCAGACUCUCACCUGCAGACCGAAGAACAGAACCAACAAAAUACUACAGAAGUGAAGAUUCGAGAGUGAGCUAUUUGGAGAACAGUUGCCUACCAGUGGACACUACGUGCCCCUACGUGGAAACAGAAGAUGCUUAUCCGACCUACGCCAACAUUAUACAAACGGAGGGAGUGUCCACCCUAGAGUCAUGCCGGGAUUUGUGCACAGAGCUGAAGAGGUUUUCGUGUCGUUCGUUCUCUUACUACUCCAGCGCCCUCCAGUGUUUCUUAAGUGGCGAUGAUAAGGCCAGCGGGGGUUCAGCAGCGAUUCAACGUCGUCCAGGAAUAGUAUACUACGAGAGAAUGUGCCCCCACGCAACCACCCUCGAAGCACUGCAGGCAGAUACAACCGAAGUGACUCUUCCUGUGUCCAUUCCUUCUGCUGUGGUGUCCAGCAACACGCAAGCUCAAGAAAAAGAAACAACCCUGAAGACGAGGCCACCCUAUCAACCGCAAGAACCUUCGCCGCGUCCAGAAUGUUCUCCGAGGGAGAGGUUAAUUUUCGAAAGAGUGACCGGAUAUGAACCAUUCGGAGUGACCUCCACUCUUCUGUACAGAGGUGAUAGUUCAACUCCUGGAAUCACAGCUGAAUGUGUGAGGCGAUGCCAGACAUUAACUGACUGUCGUUCUUUUAUACUGGACCACCAGAGAUUUGAGUGCAGCACCGUACAAGAUCCACCCAGCAUUCAUCCAGCAGAUUUCAGAUCUUCCAUUGGAAAGACUUUCUUUGGCGGUAUAUGUGUACCCGCUUAUGUGGGAUGCUCCAAGUUGUGGGUCUACGAAAGAACAACAGAUCACGAACUUCAAGGUUUGUCUCCAAUCGACGUGGUCAGGGUGGUCAGUUUAGAACAGUGUCAACAAUUUUGCCUCGAAAGCCGAAAGUACGUGUGCAGAGCAGCUAACUAUUUCCAUUUGAGAAGAGAAUGUCACAUCUUUGAUGACGACAGGACAGCCGACAAUGCUCGACUGGCACCUGCUAGCCGAGUCGACUUUUUUGAAAACCAAUGUCUUGUAGAGACCUCUUUUUGUCCUUACCAAAAAUCGGAGGAAAAUUUGGCGAUGGUGUACGUGACCAAAUCCAUAGUGGACACACCGUCCACCCUGCACUGUGAGAGAGAGUGCAACCGAGAGAGGGAAUUCAACUGCAGGAGCUAUACUUAUUGGGACAGGGGUGCCCACGGUAGCCUCUGCAUGCUGAGUGCUGAGAGUCGACUCACCGGUCAGGGGCAUGGACUCUCCUACAGGCAGGGGGCCACUUUCUCCGGCAAAACAUGUCAAUUGUCUCCUCCUGAAAGUCGGGAAUCGCAUACAACUUCGACGACCGUCACAGGGGGGGAUGUAACACAUCAUCCAACAAGGGUGACAGAUAUUCCGACUUUUAAGCCGCCUCCAAUAAUUCCACCUCCACUAUUUCCACCUCCCCUAUUUCCACCUCCAUUCUGCACACCCCACGAGUUCACCUACGAGAAAGUGAUCGGCCAUGACGUGAGAGGAGGUAGAAGGGAGAGGAUACCCACCCGACUACCCAUCGGGGUGGUGCAAUCCUGUCAGAUGGAAUGUCAGAAACACGGAGAGAGAUGUCAGGGAUUUGUUGUUCAAUACAAGAGUUAUCAGAACUGUUACAUCAUUCUGAGAGAUCCCACCGACGAUCCUGUGUUGGUACCUUCACUCGACUCCAUUUACUUCAACAAAGUCUGCCUCAGAGAGAAAGCGUGCCAAAAGAUCUGGAGUUUUGAAAGGUACCUCCACUACGAGAUUCACGGAGAACCCAUCCGAGAAAUAGGGGGUGUAGCAGAAAGGGCUGAUUGUGAAGAUCUGUGUCUUCGAGAGAGUUGCAAAUCAGCCGUCUACCACUACCUCGACAGAAAGUGUUUGUUGUACUCUGAGACGAAGCGAUCUGCACCCAACAGAUUUCUCUAUUCCAACGAAGAAGUCGAAUACCUUGACAAUCAAUGCAUAUCAGAAGCCCCGACCUGCCAGUAUCGAGAUUUUCCGGAUCGUUUCCUUCAGCAAUUGGACAGACUGUCGAAAGCAUACAACCUGAAGGAUUGCCAGCGACAGUGUGACACAGAAAGGGAAUUCACGUGUCGAUCUGUGAACUUCGAGACUGUGGCCAAAGACUGUGCCCUCAGCAGUGAAGAUAUUUCCAGUGUGCCCCAGGGUGUGAACGCCCUCCAACCCAGACGAAAUUCACUCUACAGUGAAAAAGGCAGUUGUGAACAAGUGUCUGUGCAGUGCAAUCCACAAGACAUGCUCCUUACAAUCCACUUUGACAGUCCAUUUCAUGGGAGAGUGUAUGCCAAAGGAAAUCCAUCCCUCUGCUUUGUAGUGGGCACAGGUCAGACCAGCUUACAGUUUGCAAUCUCUAUGGGGGCUCGUUGUGGCACCACAGCUGAGACGACAGAACAAUUUGUGAAUGAGGUGGUGAUUCAACAACAUCCAGUCAUCAUGACAGAUCAUGACAAAACCAUCAAAGUCGUCUGCUCUUUUGAAGUGAUGGAGAGGACAUAUACUAUGGCAGGACCAGGUAUAUCAGGAGGAUCGGGUGUAGAUGUUGCACGAACCUACAACAAAGCUGCACUGACCGCUGUUGUGACCAAUACUGCACCUCCACCGAAUGUGGCCAUGAGAGUUCUGGACAGAACAGGAAAGGACGCCAGAGCUGUUGGACUCGGCGAAGAACUCACUUUAAAAAUCGAACUGAGAGAGUCUUCCAGUGCUUUUGCAAUUUUUGCACGCAACUUGUAUGCUCGAAGCACCAACGGAGAAUCCCUAUUCCUGAUUGAUAGCUCUGGGUAAUUAAGAUACUAUUUAA